AUGGCCGUCCGCUCCGAUUCACAGCAGGCGGUCUUUUCGUCCUACGCGCCCCGUUUGCGCACCUACAACAAUGCCCUCCUCCAGCCAGUUCUCCCGGGCGCAGCGCCCGCCAACCCGCUAGCCCGCACCACCAAGCGGGGAACCACAAUCAUCAACUACGCCGAGGACGGCUACGACUACGACGAUGAUGACGAUGACGAUAGCAGGCGGCGCCCGACUGGGUUGCGCAGCCUGCGCCGCGACGACAGCGCCGCCAAGAUCGAUCCCAGCGAGAAGGUCGGCAAGGAGACCUCCGAGCCCGUCGACAUGCAGGGCGUGUACCGGGAUUGGAUGGCUAAGUCCCGUGUGAGCCGGUCCGAUGCCCAAAACUAUGCGCAGGCCUGUCUCCCUCUCACACUGAUUCCCAUCCGAAUCGAUCUCGAGAUCCCCGCCUUCACCCCACAGCCUGCCCUUGUCGCACCCGGGCCCGUCGACCCCAGCCAUCCGUACUACAAGCCGCAAGAGACGACAGUACCAUACCGUUUGCGCGAUGCCUUCCUCUGGAAUCUCCACGAAACCCUGAUUACGACCGAUAUGUUCGCGACGCAACUUGUGCAGGACCUCGAUUUGCCGAACCGGGCGAUGGCCAUCGCCGAGAUUAGCAAGCAAAUACGGACCCAGCUCGAAGAAUACGCGGGUGUUGCUCUGCAUCCUCUUUUCCAUUCUCACGCUACACGGUCGAGCGCGCCAGAGCCCUCCAAGGCGGCUAGCCGCCUCGAUUCCGCGACGCCUGGCCCCAAUGUCGUUCUCAGCCGUGCCGACACGCCGCUAGUUCCUGGGGGCACCGUCAAGCUUACCGCUGCAUCAGGCGUUGUCCAGACAUCGCAAGGCGACAUCUCCGCUGCGGCGACUCCCAUCCCACCAGAAGACAAUGCCGCGGACGACGACGCGAGCCCAGACGACACGUACCGUUGCAUCAUCAACCUGAACAUUAACCUGUCAUCACAAGUGUACACGGACAAGUUCGAGUGGUCGCUUCUCCACCCGCCGGGGACUGCAGAGGUCUUUGCCAAGCAGACAUGCGCGGAUCUCGGUCUACACGGCGAAUGGAUCCCGGCCAUGACACAUGCCAUCUACGAAGCCGUUCUCAAGCUCAAGAAGGAAGCUUGCGAGUCGGGCGGCUUGGUCGCUGGCUGGGGUGCAUCUGCGGCCGCGGCAGCUGCUGCUGCUGCCGGCGGUAUCCUCCCGGCGGGUGUGUCCACGAAUGAGUUCCCCAACGAUGCGGCCGUGACGGCCGGGGGCGAAGGUGCCGGGUGGCGAUACGACCCCGAGCACUUGGCGGAUGACUGGGAGCCGAAGCUGGAGACGCUUAGCAAAGAGGAGAUCGAGAAGCGCGAGGGUGACCGCGAGCGGCAGAUCCGGCGUCUGCGCCGCGAGACGGCCCGCUUCAGCAGUAAUACGGGAAUGGCCGGAGGCGUGCCUCUUGGGUUCGCAUUUUCCGGUCUCAUCGAGCAGGAAGAGGAGCGCAUGGGCCGUGGCGAGCGCAGUAAGAAGAAGAAGCGGUUCCGCAGUUUGUCGCCGCCGCCCGGUGGACGAUCGGGCACACCAGGAGGCCGCGGCACACCGGCUGCUGGUGGUGCUAGUGCGGAGGGGUAUGGUGGUGGUGACACGCUGACGGACCAGGAGCGACCGAACUGGCGGUGCUUUCAUUGCAGGGUGUGGGGGACGAGUGCGUGGGCGGUGCGACCUGGGCCUAUGGGGCCGAAGACCCUCUGCAGCAACUGCGCCUACAUAUACGAGCGCUACCGCGUGCUGCCCCGCUGGACCAAGCUCCUGCACGCCAACGACGCCCGGCCGUUCUAG